AUGCCGACAGGCCGAACCGUCGGCAUCGCACUAGGAGUCACAACCGGAGUCGCAGUUCUAUUUGCGAUUUUCAUGCUUGUGAGGAAGAAGCAUAUUUACAUUUCUUUUAUUCCUGGAUUGGGAGAGUCGAGAGAUAGACUUGCGGCUAGAACGGGACAUCAAGGGAGAAGAUUGAAGGGGAAGAAUAAUGUGAGGUCAGUGGAGGUGCCUUUCGGGCAGAAGUUGCAGGUUUAUAAGGGGCCUGAGGUAAGAGGUGGUGAGGAUGUUGAGAGAGGUGAGGGUGGGGAUGUGAGGGAGGAUGGAAGGUGA